ACAAUGGCUGCUCGAAAGAGAGGAAAGCAAACAAUUUUCAGGCCCGCCGCGUCUAGCAAAAAAUAUGAGAAAAAAAUUAUUAAAAAUUCGGAAAAUAGUUGAAAGUCAAGAAAAACCCGACAGAAAGGAUGUUAAAGCGACCGGGGCGCCUGACUCCGGGCGGCGUUGAGCACAUAAAGCUGGAUAGAAUAAUUGCUUCAGUAGUAGUAGCGGUCCAUGUAGCUGGUCAGCCUUAGAGCGCCAUGGCCACAGGAAGCCAGGGCCACCGCGACCACGUCCUGGAGAGAACGCGGCUCGCAGAGCCCACGGGGAGGCGCAGGAGAGCAGAGGGGAAGCCCAAGAAGAAUUUCCCCUGCCUGGAGUGUCAGAAAGCCUUCAACAGUCUGGAGAAGCUGAAGGUGCACUCGUACUCUCACACGGGAGAAAGACCGUACGGCUGCUCCCAGCCGGACUGCACCAAGGCCUUCGUCUCCAAAUACAAGCUGCUACGGCAUAUGGCAACACACUCGCCAGAAAAAAACCACAAGUGUUCAUACUGUGAGAAAAUGUUCCACCGCAAGGAUCACUUAAAGAAUCACCUACACACCCACGACCCCUACAAGGAAGCAUUCGCCUGUCAGCAGUGUGGCAAGAGCUACAACACCAAGCUGGGCUUCAAACGCCACCUCGCCCUCCACGCCGCCAACAGCGGAGACCUCACCUGCCAAGUGUGCCUGCAGCCCUUCCCCAGCACCGGGGUCCUUCUGGAACACCUCAAAACCCACGCCGGCAAGUCCUCUGCUGGCACCAAAGAGAAGAAGCAUCGCUGCGAGCACUGCGAGCGGCGCUUUUACACCCGUAAAGAUGUGCGGCGCCACAUGGUGGUGCACACCGGGCGCAAGGACUUCCUCUGCCAGUACUGCGCCCAGCGCUUCGGCAGGAAGGACCACCUGACGCGCCACGUGAAGAAGAGCCACACGCGGGAGCUGCUGAGGGUGAAGACCGAGCCGGCUGACUCGCUGGAGCCCGUGGUCUACGACUCGGCGUCCGGGGGCAUCAAGGGCGAGGUAAUGCUGACGCCGAGGCCUCAGCAGCUCCACUCGUACGCAGGCCCCGGCCUGGACGCGGAGCCCUUCCCCCCCCCCACACACGCCUUUGCUUUCAAGUACCCACUGGGUUCCAACUUUACCUCAUACGCCGUCUCCUCACAGGAGCGCGAGCAGAAUCUUAAGGGAGAACUGGAGACGUACCUGAUGGAGCUGCAGAGCAGCAUGCCGUCCUCGUCCUCUGCAGCCCCCCAAGCCCAGAUCGCCUCCUCCAAGCUGGAGCUGGAGCCUCAAGGGGGGGCGCUGCAGGAGGAGAGCGAAGAGGGGACCAUGUCUAAAAGGUCCACCCCGACAGCAGGCGACCCUCUGGCAUCUUGCUCUUCUCUGAUGGACUUCUCACAGCUCUUCAACUUCCUGCCACUCAACGGGCCCCCGUACAACCACGCAGGGGGCGGCGGGGGGCCGGGCGAAGAGCCCGCCACUCUUGUCCAGCUGCCCCACCAGCCUCCAGAAGGUCCAGAGGCUGCAGAGAGUCAAAGGCUCCCCUCCUCCUUCAUAUCCAACCUGAGCGCCCCCACCACGCUGCCUCGCUUCCACCAAGCCUUCCAGUGACCCAGUACGUACUGCCCCCCACCACACUGCCUCGCCUCCACCAAGCCUUCCAGUGACCCAGUACGUACUGCCCCCCACCACGCUGCCUCGCUUCCACCAAGCCUUCCAGUGACCCAGUACGUACUGCCCCCCACCACGCUGCCUCGCUUCCACCAAGCCUUCCAGUGACCCAGUACGUACUGCCCCCCACCACGCUGCCUCGCUUCCACCAAGCCUUCCAGUGACCCAGUACGUACUGCCCCCCACCACACUGCCUCGCCUCCACCAAGCCUUCCAGUGACCCAGUACGUACUGCCCCCCACCACGCUGCCUCGCUUCCACCAAGCCUUCCAGUGACCCAGUACGUACUGCCCCCCACCACGCUGCCUCGCUUCCACCAAGCCUUCCAGUGACCCAGUACGUACUGCCCCCCACCACGCUGCCUCGCCUCCACCAAGCCUUCCAGUGACCCAGUACGUACUGCCCCCCACCACGCUGCCUCGCCUCCACCAAGCCUUCCAGUGACCCAGUACGUACUGCCCCCCACCACGCUGCCUCGCUUCCACCAAGCCUUCCAGUGACCCAGUACGUACUGCCCCCCACCACGCUGCCUCGCUUCCACCAAGCCUUCCAGUGACCCAGUACGUACUGCCCCCCACCACGCUGCCUCGCCUCCACCAAGCCUUCCAGUGACCCAGUACGUACUGCCCCCCACCACGCUGCCUCGCCUCCACCAAGCCUUCCAGUGACCCAGUACGUACUGCCCCCCACCACGCUGCCUCGCCUCCACCAAGCCUUCCAGUGACC